AUGGCUGCAGUUCACCCUUCCUGUAUAGUGAUUGUAUACCAUGGCUAUCAUUUUUCAUUGUUUUUCCCCCGUUCACAUACUCUUUGUUUCAGGUGCGAAGGAGCAGAGCAUUUUAUUCUCGAUUUACUAAAUGAACUUCCAGACAUGGCGUUUAUACUGAACACCCAUGAUUAUCCUAAGGUUCAGAAAUGGGCCAAGCCGCGCCCCGUCUUUUCCUUCAGUAAGACUAACAAUGAAAUCGACAUCCUUUAUCCUGCAUGGUCGUUUUGGUCAGGUGGUCCUGCUAUAUCGCUGUAUCCGCAAGGUAUAGGUCGCUGGGAUUUCAUGAUGGAUUCGUUGUUAAGGUCAGAAAAAGAAUGGCCAUGGUACAGGAAGGUUAAUAAAGUGUUCUUCCGUGGGUCUCGCACUAACAGUGUUCGUGACCGAUUGAUCUUGUUGUCGAGGAAACAGCCGAACCUGGUCGACGCAGAGUACACGAAAAACCAGGCUUGGAAGUCAGAUAAGGACACGUUGGGCGCACCGCCGGCGAAGGAGGUGUCUUUUGAGGAUCACUGCCGAUACAAGUAUCUCUUCAAUUUUCCCGGGGUAGCCGCCAGCUUUCGUUUCCGACAUUUGUUCCUGUGCGGUUCGUUGGUUUUCCACGUCGACAGCGAGUGGAUAGAAUUCUUCUAUCCCAAACUAAAGCCGUGGGUUCAUUAUAUCCCCGUCGCCCAUGAUCUCUCUGAUGCAGAGUACGUGUUUCAUUCAUUUCUUGCACUGAACAUUUUCAAGGACCUGAUUCACUUCGCACAAAGCAACGACAAAGUUGUUGAACAGAUCGCCCGAAGGGGCCGAGAGUUUAUUCAAAAUUGGUUGACGAUGACCGAAGUGAAGUGCUACUGGAAAUCGCUGCUGAGCAAAUACGCGAGGCUGCUGCAGUUUCACGUCCAGUAUAAUGCCUCAUUGAUAGAAAUUAGGGGCUAA